AUGUCGGCGUGCACGGCUGACGUGGCGCCAGGUCCCGGAUUGCUGCAGCCGCUUGUCAGUGUGACGAAGAUUGGCACCCAGGCAGAUGUGUGGCUGGUAGUAACAAUGACGGGGGAAGUGGAUGCCCGUGUGGCACGACCCCACCAGUGCAGCCCGCGUGUGCUGCUGUCGCGUCUGGAGCCGGCUCCGCGGCUGGGGGCGAGGGGGGGAAACCUGUGCACCAGCACACCCGCGAGCUGCUCUCGUUCCGGCGGCCACGGAAGUAACGGUGACAGGAGAAAGGGCUCAAAAGCGCAGCGAGGACACGUGGGUGUCGGGGCCCGCGGAGCUGGGGUGACUCGCGUGUCCAACGCGCGCCCCGUCAACGGUGAGCGCUUCGGGGCGGGGCCAGACGCCGUGCCGGUCGUGGGGGACGCGGCAGGACGGGGCCCUCGCCGGCCCUUACCGUGUGGUGGGAGCAACCACGAGGCGCCGCGGGGCCGAGCCCGGGGUGGACGGCGGGCCCCCGGAGAGCUGCGCACGGCAGGCGAGGGCGAGGGCGAGGCACUGGCAGGGCCGCCUGGGGACGGUGACGUGGUGACGGGGCGCGUGCGGGCACCGGCCAGGCCCCCAGGAGGCCGGAGCGCGGGGCAGAAGUGCGCGGGGGGAGCACCGUGCGGCCUGAGGACGAGGCAGAUGCAAGUAGUAACAGAGUUAAAAACGGAGCAAGAUCCCAACUGCUCUGAACCGGAUGUGGAAGGAGUGAGCCCUCCCCCGGCGGGCUCCCAGACGCCAAUGGACGCAGACAAGCAGGCCAUUUAUAGGCAUCCACUGUUUCCACUACUAGCUUUGUUGUUCGAAAAAUGCGAACAGUCUACCCAGGGCUCAGAAGGCACGACCUCUGCCAGUUUUGAUGUAGAUAUUGAAAAUUUUGUAAGAAAGCAAGAGAAAGAAGGAAAACCCUUCUUUUGCGAAGACCCGGAAACCGACAAUUUAAUGGUGAAAGCAAUCCAGGUUUUGCGCAUUCAUCUUCUUGAGCUGGAAAAGGUUAACGAGCUCUGCAAAGACUUCUGCAGCCGCUAUAUUGCUUGUCUAAAGACGAAAAUGAACAGUGAGACCCUCCUGAGCGGGGAGCCUGGAAGCCCGUACUCCCCCGUCCAGUCCCAGCAGAUUCAGAGUGCCAUCUCAGGCACCCUCAGCCCCCAAGGAAUCGUGGUGCCCGCAUCCGCGCUGCAGCAGGGGAACGUCACCAUGGCAACAGUGGCAGGUGGCACGGUGUAUCAGCCUGUCACGGUUGUCACUCCUCAAGGCCAGGUGGUGACACAAGCCCUGUCGCCCGGCACCAUCAGGAUCCAGAACUCCCAGCUCCAGUUACAGUUAAACCAAGAUCUCAGCAUCUUGCAUCAAGAUGACGGCUCAGCUAAGAACAAAAGGGGCGUUUUGCCGAAGCAUGCCACCAACGUGAUGAGAUCUUGGCUCUUUCAGCACAUAGGGCAUCCCUACCCAACAGAAGAUGAGAAAAAACAGAUCGCUGCUCAGACAAAUUUGACACUACUCCAAGUUAACAACUGGUUCAUCAACGCCAGAAGACGGAUUCUUCAGCCCAUGUUGGAUUCUAGUUGCUCAGAAACUCCAAAAACCAAGAAGAAGACAGCUCAGAACAGACCGGUCCAGAGGUUUUGGCCCGACUCCAUCGCCUCGGGAGCUGCACAGCCGCCGCCCAGCGAGCUGGCCAUGUCAGAAGGAGCCGUCGUGACGAUCACCACGCCCGUGAGCAUGAACGUGGACAGCCUGCAGUCUCUGUCCUCGGACGGCGCCACCCUGGCGGUACAGCAGGUCAUGAUGGCGGAGCAGAGCGAGGACGAGUCUGUGGACAGCACGGGGGACAGCGGGGCCGCGCUCGCCCCCACCCACAUCAGCGGGCUGGUCCUGGAGAACAGUGACUCCCUGCAGUAG